CUCUUUUGUAUUUUUUUUUUUGGCCUUGUUGAUUUUUUUUUUUAAUUGAUGAAUUUCCAGCUCAAUGAACAAAAACGUUGAAAACGAAAUUUACAUAAAUUAAAAUAAUAAACUUUCUUUCUCGUGGCCUUGUUGAUGAUUAGUAUUUUUGUCUUCAGAUUGGUUUGAUCAAACAACUUUUGUGGAUUUGUCAACAGAUUUGUUGAUCAACUUGCCUCUUCUUCUCGUCUGUUUUUUGGAUUUAAACCCUAAAAAUCACAAUAAAUUCUAAGACUUUAUUAAUUUUCUCGAUAAUUCGUUUUUUGGGUCAAUUUGGUUAAGUGUAAACGCGUAGUUAUUGAUUUGGUGAUGUGAAUGUUUCUCUCUUCUCUGUUUUGAGAAACAUCUCUCUCUCACUUUUUUAUUUCUCCAGCUUAAUCUUCUCCGGAAUAGACUCUGUUUCCUUUCUGAAUAACUCGACUUCGUGAGAUACCCUUUUCUCCCAUAUUUCUUGGUGAUUUCUCUCUGUUCUUUCUUUUGGCUAUGAUAAACCUAAAGCCCUUCUUAGGGCUAAAGUUAGGUUUUUUAAUAUUUGUUCUCUGUUCUUCACACAUCUCCUCUGUUUCUACUGAUACUUUCUUCAUCAACUGUGGAUCUCCGACGAAUGUAACAACAACAGUCAACAAUCGAACCUUUGUAUCCGACAACAGUCUUGGUCAAGGAAUCUUCGAUUCUAGUCGAGGAACAUCUGUAGUCGGAACCACCGAUUCGAAUUCAAGGGAUGAACCGACGACGACGACUCUGUUUCAGACCGCCAGAGUAUUCUCCGAUGAUGAAACAUCAACCUACCGAUUCCCGAUCGAACAACACGGUUGGUUCUUGAUUCGUCUCUACUUCUUACCCUUUGUCACCUCUUCUCAAGAUCUAACCACAGCUAGAUUCUCUGUUUCGUCUCAAAACUUCAAUCUGAUCAGAGAUUACAAACCCUCGACGACUUCUCUUGUUAAAGAAUACAGUUUAAACAUUUCUUCAGAUCAUCUUGUCAUUGAGUUUCGUCCUCAGAUAGGUUCUGUAGCUUUCAUCAAUGCUUUAGAAGUUUUCAGACUUCCAGAGGUUUUGCUUCCUGAAGAAGCAAGACUUAUAGGUUCACAGAGCAAGAAGAAUCUCAAGCUCGGGAGUCAUGCGAUGGAGACUGUUUCACGUGUAAACAUGGGGAAUCUGACUGUGACUCGUGAUCAAGAUAAGCUUUGGAGGCAAUGGGAUUCGGAUUCUGCGUAUAAAGCUCACUACGGUACCCCUGUGAUGAACCUGAAAGCAGUUAACUUCAGUGCUGCUGGUGGGAUAACAGAUGACAUUGCACCAGUUUACGUCUAUGGAACCGCCACGAGGUUGAACUCUGAUCUCGAUCCGAAUACUAACGCCAAUCUUACUUGGACGUUCAACAUCGAGCCUGGUUUCGAUUACUUUGUCCGGUUUCACUUUUGUAACAUAAUAGUGGAUCCUUUUGGAUUCGAGCGUCAGAUACGCUUUGACAUUUUCGUGAAUUCAGACAAAGCUGGCUCCGUUGAUAUGACAGAGGUUGCAAAUGGCACUUUUGGAGCUCCUUAUUUCGUUGAUGCAGUGAUGCGGAAAGCGAGAAGUCGAGAAGGAGUCAUGAAUCUAUCUAUUGGUGGAGUUAUGGAUGUUUCUUUGUACCCUGUUUCUUUUAUUAACGGGUUUGAGAUUAUGAAGCUAAGCAAUGAUAAGCGGAGUCUUGAUGCUUUUGAUGCUGUUUCCCCUGAUGGUUCUUUGCGUAACAAGAGUUCGAAUCCGAGUAUGGCACUGAUAGCUGGAUUAGCUGCAGCUCUCUGUGUUGCUUUACUGUUUGGUGUGGUUAUAUCUUGGUGGUGCAUCAGGAAAAGAAGAAGAAAAAAUAGAGAAAUGCAGACUGUUCAUUCUAGAGGAGAUGAGCAGGUUAAGAAGAAUGAAACAGGUGAGAGCUUGAUCUUUUCGAGUUCAAAGAUCGGUUAUAGAUACCCUUUGGCUCUAAUCAAGGAAGCAACUGAUGAUUUCAAUGAAAGCUUAGUGGUUGGGGUUGGUGGGUUUGGUAAAGUUUAUAAAGGAGCCUUGAAGGACAAGACUGAGAUAGCUGUGAAACGUGCAGCUCCUCAGUCUAGACAAGGUUUAGCUGAAUUUAAGACAGAGGUUGAGAUGCUUACUCAGUUCAGACAUAGGCAUUUGGUUUCUUUAAUCGGGUAUUGCGAUGAGAGUAGUGAAAUGAUCAUUGUCUAUGAGUAUAUGGAGAAGGGAACGCUUAAAGAUCAUCUGUAUGACUCAAAUGAUAAGCCGAGGUUGAGUUGGAGACAGAGGCUUGAGAUAUGUGUUGGUGCAGCUAGAGGACUUCAUUAUCUCCAUACAGGUUCGACAAGAGCAAUCAUACACCGUGAUCUUGAAGAGGUGAAAAAGUACUGUGAUUUAACAGAGAAGUGUUUGGCACAAAACGGGAUUGAGAGGCCAACAAUGGGAGAUUUGUUGUGGAACCUAGAGUUCAUGCUUCAGGUCCAAGCAAAAGAUGAGAAAGCGGCAAUGGUGGUGGAUGAUAAGCCAGAGGCGAGCGUUGUGGGCUCAACUGUGCAGUUCAGUGUAAAUGGAGUGGGAGAUAUUGCAGGGAUCUCAAUGAGCAAAGUUUUUGCGCAAAUGGUUAGAGAAGAAACACGAUAA